GACUGUAACAUUAGUCACAUAAUUUGGUUUCAUAUUUCAGUAAAAUGUUCAGCAUGUGUGUCGUUCUGCUCGUCUUUUCCAGCAUCUCUACAGCUGUUGUUGGUGCUCCAGAAACAGUCACAGGACACAGAGGAGAGAGAGUAGAUAUCAGAUGCAGAUAUGAAUCUGGAUAUAAAUCGAAUUCAAAGUAUUUAUGUAAAGGAGAGUGUAUCUAUGGAUUUAGAAACAUUGUGGUUAAAUCAGGAUCUCCAGCUGAAGACGAGAGAUUCUCUCUGACUGAUGACAAGAGGACCAGAGUUUUCACCGUCAGCAUCACUGACCUGAGAACAGAGGAUACAGGACGAUACUGGUGUGGAGUGGAGAGGAUUUUAUCUGAUGUCUAUUCAGAGAUUAAGUUGCUGGUUAAAGAGGAUCAGAUUCAACAAACCACCAGCAUCACAACCACAGAAAGAAAAACCACUAUCACAGAUCAGGACAGCUCCUCAACGGGUGAUGUCUGGAGCACAGAGUCUGUCAUCUACGUCUCUGUGGGGUUAGUCCUCGUGAUGAUCAUCUUCCUCGCUGCGCUGACGGUGUUGUGUAGGAAGAGAAGGAAGAAAUCACCAAGAGUUACACAAUCUGGGCUUUCACCACAAGUCUCCAUUGUGCUUCUUCCC